AUGGCCAGCGCUCUGCGCCAGGGCCUCUCGGCCCCGGUCGCAGCACCACGGACUUCUUCAGGCAAUGUUCCUGUUCCAGUUGCUCCGGCACCCGUGUUGCGGGGCAAGAGUCUUGUUCCGGCACGCCGCAUGGUGUCGGGACCGGCUCGCAGCAUCCCUGCGCCUCCGCAAGUCGCUGCCCCAGAGUCGCCGGCGGCACAGGGUGUUGUGGAAGUCUUUGUAGACAACAAUUCGGAUACGAAUUUUACUGUCAUCAAUGUCCAGGCGGCCAACAAGCCAGGGUUGCUUACGGCCAUCACGGCACUGUUCCGCGACAUUGGCGUGGACGUGGGAAAGGCCGUCGUGGAUGGCGAUGAGAACAAGAUCAACGACACCUUUUACGUUCGGACGCUCACUGGUGGAAAGCUUUCGGAUGACAAGGCGGCGGACGCAGUGCGGUCACUGGAAGUGCUGCUGCGCUCCAAGCCCAGCAGCACUGGCGUCAGUAGGCCUAAGUUUGAAGCGCAGGGGCAGGGCCAAUCGGGCAAGGCUCGUCUCUACACGUUGAUGGACACGUACAUGAAGAACGAUGUCCUCAGCAUCCAGGAGGACAUCGUGAACCACGUGGAAUACACCCUCGCGCGCUCGCGCGUCAACUUUGACAACUUUGAGGCGUAUCAGGCAACUUCCUUGUCCCUGCGUGACCGCCUGAUUGAGCGCUGGAACGACACUCAGACCUGGUUCAAGGAGAAGGAUCCAAAGCGCGUGUACUACUUGUCCAUGGAGUUCCUAAUGGGGCGGUCACUGCUCAACACGCUGUACAAUCUGGACAUCAAGGAGGCGUACAACGAAGCGCUUGCGGAGCUGGGCUAUGACUUGGAAACUCUGUCGGAGUUGGAGCGCGAUGCGGCGCUGGGCAAUGGCGGUCUGGGUCGCCUGGCGGCUUGCUUCCUGGACUCCAUGGCUACCCUGAACCUGCCGGCCUGGGGGUACGGCAUUCGCUACCAGUACGGCAUGUUCCGUCAGACCAUUCAGAAUGGCUUUCAGCACGAGCAGCCCGAUUACUGGCUGACCUUCGGCAAUCCCUGGGAGAUUGAGCGGCUCAUUGUGCAGUACCCCAUCAAGUUUUACGGUCACGUGUCGGUCGUGAAUGAGGAGGGGCGGCAGCUGUUCAGAUGGAACGCGGGGGAGACGGUGACGGCUGUAGCGUACGACAACCCGAUUCCUGGUUUCGGAACCCGAAACUGCAUUAACCUUCGUUUGUGGGCCGCCAAACCCUCCAAGGAGUUUGACCUGGAGGCCUUCAACACCGGUGAUUACGUGGCGGCCAUUCUCAGCAAGCAGCGUGCCGAGACCCUGUCCUCCGUGCUGUACCCCGAUGACCGCACUUACGAGGGCAAGGAGCUGCGGCUCAAGCAACAGCACUUUUUCGUGUCGGCGACGAUUCAGGACUGUGUUCGCCGCUACCGCGAUGCCCAUCCGGAUAACAACUGGGAGACCUUCCCGACCAAGGUUGCCUUCCAGCUGAACGACACGCACCCCACCAUCGCGGUGGCGGAGCUGAUGCGAGUGCUGAUGGACGACCACAGGCUAGGCUGGACCAAGAGCUGGGAAAUCUGCACCAAGGUGUUUGCGUUCACCAACCACACGGUGCUGCCCGAGGCUCUGGAGAGGUGGCCGGUGCCGCUGCUGGAGAAGCUGCUGCCCCGCCACAUGCAAAUCAUCUACGACAUCAACUGGCGGUUCCUGCAGCAGGUUCGCAACAAGUACGGCGACGACUGGGAGCGUAUCAGUCGCAUGUCGAUCAUUGAGGAGGGCGCCAAUGGGGAAAAGUUUGUCCGCAUGGCCUAUUUGGCGGUGGUGGCCUCCCACUCCGUAAACGGAGUCGCGGCCAUCCACUCUGAAAUCAUCAAGGACACCAUCUUCAAGGACUUUUAUGACCUGUGGCCCGGCAAGUUCCAGAACAAGACGAACGGUGUGACUCAGCGCCGCUGGCUGGCCUUCUGCAACCCGCCCCUGCGCAACCUCAUCACCAAGCGGCUGGGCUCCGACGACUGGAUCCUGCACCUGGACAACCUGAAGGGCCUGAGGGCGCACGCGGACGAUCCGGAGUUCCAGGCCGAGUGGCGGGAGGUGAAGCAAGCGGCCAAGGUCAAGGCGGCGGCGCUCAUCCAGCGGCUGACGGGCGUUAAGAUCAACACGAACGCCAUGUUCGACAUUCAAGUGAAGCGUAUUCACGAGUACAAGCGCCAGCUGCUCAACGUGAUGGGUAUCAUCUACCGCUACGACCAGAUCAAGAAGAUGAGUCGCGAGCAGCGCAAGGCCGUGGUCCCUCGCGUGUGCGUCAUUGGCGGCAAGGCUGCUCCCGGGUACGAGAUGGCCAAGCGCAUCAUCAAGCUGGUGUGUGCGGUGGGCGACAAGAUCAACAGCGACCCCGACGUGGGUGACCUGCUCAAACUGAUUUUCGUUCCCGACUACAACGUGUCAUCCGCGGAGGUGCUCAUUCCGGCUUCGGAGCUGAGCCAACACAUCUCUACUGCUGGCACGGAGGCAUCCGGCACGUCCAACAUGAAGUUCACCAUGAACGGCUCCCUCAUCAUUGGCACGCUGGACGGCGCCAACGUGGAAAUUGCCGAGGAGAUUGGCGACGACAACAUCUUCAUCUUUGGUGCCAAGGCCCACGAGGUACCUCGCCUCCGUGCUGAACGCCGCAACCUCCGGCCCGACGACCGGUUUAACCACGUGAUCAGCAUGAUCCGCUCGGGCUACUUCGGCUGGGAGGACUACUUCUCACCGGUCAUGGACGCCAUCACCACUGGCGGGGACUACUACCUGGUCGCUAACGACUUCCCCGCGUACAUCGAUAUGCAGGCCAAGGUUGACGCCACGUACCGUGACCCGGCGAAGUGGACCCGCAUGUCCAUCAUGGGCACCGCCGGCAGCGGCAAGUUCUCCACGGACCGCACCAUUGCCGAGUACGCGCACGACAUUUGGCACGCAGAGCCCUGCGCUGUGCCGCAGCCUGAGGCCUCGGGUAAUGGCAGCAGCUGA